GUGGGUAUAUCCGCUGUGUAUACUACAGACAGGUCACACUGAAGCCUGCAGUUGUGUGCUGUGGUUCUAUGAAUAAAGAAGCAUGAUGACAUCCAAUAAGAACUGUAAAGCACCUUUAAAACAGCUGAGCAGCCUGGACAGCUACAUAAUCGACAGCUCUCAAAAGAAGAAAAGCAUACUGUGGCGACGACGCUCUUUCAACAGUGCCAAAAGUUUGAAUACUGAAGAAAUCAAAGGCGGGACAUUAUCACGCAGUCAGCUGCGCAGAACACACUCAACAUCUCUGGUGGAUUAUACUGAUCCUCAGAGAACAGUGGUUAUAUUGGAGAAACAAGACAAUGAAGCCUUUGGAUUUGAAGUCCAGACAUAUGGUCUAAAGGUGAAGAACAGCAGUAUGGUGGAGAUGUGUACAUUUGUGUGCAGUGUGCAGGAUGGCAGUGCAGCCGAAACUGCAGGUUUGACUGCUGGUGACAUUAUAUUGUCAGUAAAUGGAGUCAGUAUUGAGGGUUCUACCCACCAGCAUAUCAUUGAGUUGAUUCGAGAAUCCACUAACAUGCUAAAGUUGGAGACAGUCAGCGGGAAUGUUGUGAAGAGAAUUGAAUUAGAGAAAAAGAUGCGCUACCUUAAGCAAACUCUACGUGAGAAAUGGGUGGAACUGCAAUCUCUCACACUUCAGGAAAGGCGUCUUACUCGAGGUAAUCUGAAUGAGAGUGCUCAGCAUUUGUCUGUUGACUCUAUGAUGUCUCUUUCAUCUCCAAUGGGCCACUCUGGGCAGCGUUUUUCCAGUGACAGCAGUUGCCGCAGCAUCAUGACAGAUGAUAGUGAGGAUGCCGCCUUCAUGUCACCAGUAUUUGAUGACUCAAGUCCAUUUAGCCCCACUGAGCCAAACGGUGGCUUCUUCCAGCUGGAGGGGGGCACGUUGCGACCCCUGACAAGAACACGCAGCAUUAGCCUGACCAGCAGUAACAGUUCACUCUCCCCAAGCUGGGAAAAUUCAUCUUCAUCUGUGUUUGGGACCCUGCCAAGGAGAGGCAGAAGAGGUAGCGUCCGCAAGCAGCUUCUGAAGUUCAUACCUGGACUGAAUCACUCCGUAGAGGAAGAGGAGGGCAGCUGAAAACAUUCAUACCUCCACUGACUGUUGAUCUGAUGAAUUUUUUUGUAAGGACCUUGGGCAGUGGAAGGUUCAUCCCAUUUUGAACUCUUCUGUUCUCAAGAUGUUCUAGAAUUCAUGCCUCAUGGGCAUUUGUGACUUUCCUGCUUUAAGUGUUGAUAAAAACAGGAGUCGAGUCUCACAUGAGCAUUACGGACUGCAUGAUGGCAAUCUCUGUGUAUUUUUUUGUCAGUUUUUUGUCAAGUGACCAAAGCAUUAUGACUUCCUAAAGAUUCAGCGCUGAAAUAAACAACUGGCAUUAACCAAACCUUAGGAAAGUGUAUGCUAAAAAGCAACUGCAUUGAGAGAAUAUUUAGAAUUUUACACCUUGCUUCCACUGCUCUAAUUCAGUGGUGCAAGACAUGCAAGCUUAUGAAUGUGUCCUAUUUCCAACUUGAUCAAGAUCUCAAUGUCUGCUGUAGCAUGCAAUUGAGGUGUGGUUGCUCAGUGGUUAGGGCAAGUAAGUUCUUAGUGUUAAGUAUCUGCCUUGCUGCUCUCCAAAAUGUGUCAGACUGCAAUUCUUAACAACGUAAGACCACCCUGGAUGGAUGGGCAGUCCAUCACAGUGGUCACACAAAGACACAUGCAAUUUAGUGUUUCCAAUCCACCUAUACUGCGUGUCCUUAGAUUGCGGGGGAAACGGGCGCAUCCGGAGAAAACCCAUGGCAACAUGGGGCAACUGCAGACAUUUACUCUGCAUUACUCUGAUUUCUUACCACUAGAGAAACAUAUAACCGAAUGUUACAGGGACUGUGUGAGAAUAUGUUUGUGUAAAAUAUGUUUGUUUCCCAAGUCUCUGCUAAAUGACAAAUAACCAUAACAAUUAAUUAUGCACAAGCUUACUGUGAUUUUUCCUAGUAGGACAACUUGUUGGUCUUGGAACAACAUUCCAGUCAACGUAGGUUUAGGAUUAGGGCUGAGGUUAAAGCUUCAACUGCAUUCUUAUCAAUCUCAUUUCUGUAUUUAUGGGUAGUUAAAUAUUAAGGUCAAAAUUAUUUAACAGUGUUGUUUCAGGACCAACAAAAGAUGUUUUGCUUGUCAAAAUUUGUCACCAAACGUAGAGGCAGUCAAAUUGCACAGACAACUGAAUAACGGACAACUAAAAUUAUUUUGCUGAAAAUCUCAUAUUUAUAACACUUUACGAGAAUAUCUAUGAAAAUGUAUAGAAUAUAUAUAGCUCUUCAUUUCUACUCUUUAAGAAGUAUUUUAAUCCUGAUCUCAUAUUCAUUUAAAUAAGAAAUUUAAAUCAUUAAACAUAGAAAGGACUGAUUUGUAGUGAGUGUGUGAUUUGAAAGUUAAGUGCUGAAUUGAAAAGGCUGCGAUGACAUUAGUGACAGAGCUCCAAACCACAGAGGUAUAGAAAAAUUCAUAACAGGAUGUGGUCUGUUAGAGGUGCUACUUUACCAACUUUUUUUCAUGCUUUUUUGAGUGAUCCCUGUAACAGGCAGUUUUACUUAAACUAAUAAUAUUCAAAAGUUCAUGAAUGUGAAAAACAGUGCUUGCUGUUUCAUUCUUUUCUUUUUCUUUUUUUAAUGAGCAUAGGGGGGGGGGGUAUAUUCUCCGAAAAAAAAAAAAAAUAGUCUUGCAGUUGCUGCUAGUCACCUGCAUAUAAUACAGGAAGUAUGUACUUGACACAAAAAGACUCAGCUCUUUGCAUGGUUCUGUUCUCUGUUCUCUCUUUUGUUUCCUUUUACCAUUUUGCUUAGAUUUGAACAGUAUGUUGUCUAGAUUUAGUUCAUUUUGCAGUAAGCAAGUGCUUAUAUUAAAAUCAAUUAACACA